AUGGCCCAGCAACAGACAAUGCCCAUGCCUGACAUGUCCAAUGCCAUUGUGGCUCAGGACGAAAUGGGACGGCCUUUCAUUAUUGUCAGAGACCAAGGAAAGAAGAAGCGCGCACACGGAAUUGAGGCCGUCAAGAGCCACAUCCUGGCCGCUCGAACCGUGUCGGAUAUCGUCAAGACCUCCCUGGGUCCCCGAGGACUGGACAAGAUUCUCAUUUCUCCUGAUGGAGACAUCACCAUCACCAACGACGGAGCCACCAUCAUGAGCCAGAUGGAGAUUGAGCACCAGAUUGCACGACUUCUGGUCGAGCUCAGUCGGUCUCAGGAUGACGAGAUCGGAGACGGAACCACCGGUGUUGUGGUUCUGGCCGGAGCUCUGCUUGACCAGGCCUACGAGCUUAUCGAGAAGGGUAUCCACCCCAUUCGAAUUGCCAACGGUUUCGACCAGGCCUCCAAGGUUGCCGUGGAGCGACUCGAGCAGAUUGCCGACACCGUGCCUGUAUCUGACGUUGACAAGUCGACUCUCAUCAAGGCCGCCAAGACCUCCCUGGGCUCCAAGAUUGUGUCCAAGGCCCACGAUCUCUUCACAAACAUUGCCGUGGACGCUGUUCUGGCUGUGGCCGACCUCGACCGAAAGGACGUGGACUUUGAGCUCAUUAAGGUCGAUGGCAAGGUCGGAGGAUCCCUCGAAGACACCAAGUUUGUGCGAGGAGUGGUUCUGGACAAGGACAUGUCGCACCCCCAGAUGCCCCGAGACAUCACCGACGUCAAGAUUGCCAUUCUGACGUGCCCCUUCGAGCCCCCCAAGCCCAAGACCAAGCACAAGCUCGAUAUUAGCUCCGUCGACGAGUUCCGAAAGCUGCAGGCAUACGAGCAGAAGACCUUUGAGGACAUGGUGGCCAAGGUCAAGGCUACUGGUGCCAAUCUGGUCAUCUGCCAGUGGGGAUUUGACGACGAGGCUAACCAUCUGCUGCUUCAGAACGGUAUUGCUGCCGUUAGAUGGGUUGGAGGACCUGAGAUUGAGCUGCUGGCCAUUGCCACCGGCGCCCGAAUCGUGCCCCGAUUCGAGGAUCUGUCUGCCGCUAAGCUCGGCCACGCUGGACGAGUGCGAGAGCUCGAGUUCGGAACCACCCGAGACCGAAUGCUGGUUGUCGAGGAGUGUGCCAACCCCCGAGCCGUGACUGUCUUUGUGCGAGGCUCUAACAAGAUGAUUGUAGAUGAGGCCAAGCGAGCUCUGCACGACGCCAUCUGUGUGGUUCGAAACCUGGUGCGAGACAACCGAGUUGUUUACGGAGGAGGAGCUGCCGAAAUUGCAUGUGCCAUUGCCGUUGCCGAGAAGGCCGACCACAUGACCGGAAUCGAUCAGUACGCCUUCCGAGCCUUUGCCAACGCGUUGGAGGCCAUCCCUACAGCUCUGGCUGACAACUCGGGCCUUUCUUCUAUUGAGAGUCUGGCUUCUGUCAAGUCGCGCCAGGUCAAGGAGGGCAACUCCCGACUGGGCAUUGACUGCCUCAACACUGGCAACAACGACAUGCGAGAGAACUUUGUGGUGGAUCCUCUGAUUGGAAAGCGACAGCAGCUGCUGCUGGCCACCCAGCUGACCCGAAUGAUUCUCAAGAUCAACGAUGUCAUUGUCACCGGCACUGAUGAUUAUUAA